ACCGGAAACCUCCCGUCGGGUCGGCGCCAUGCCACGGUUCGCGCCAAGGAAGGAAGCCGCAGUUGCGCCUCCCCCAACCACGACCUCUCGUCCUCGCCCCGCGACAAGUAGUGGCAGCACUGCCUAAUGCCUGCCGGUAUAAAUACGAGCAGCAACCAUACAGGCCAAGGUCACACAAGAAAACAAGAUUGAUAGUUUGAUACAAGAGCAACAGAGAGAUCGAGACAGAGUACUGAUCUGGUCUGGCCUGGUCUAUCCCAAACACAUUCUUCUAGCGAUUCAGAUUAGGAAGUUUCACCAUGUCGUCCUAUUCCAAGGCCAGCAAUGGUGAGGAACAGCAGCAGCUGGUCUGCGUGACGGGAGCAGGCGGCUUCAUCGGGUCGUGGGUGGUGAAGGAGCUCCUGCUGCGCGGCUACCGAGUCAGGGGAACCGCAAGAGACCCUGCCGACAGCAAGAACGCGCACUUGCUUGCUCUGGAGGGGGCCAAGGAGAGGCUCACCCUGUGCCGCGCCGAUGUCCUCGAUUUCGACUCCCUCCGCGCCGCCUUCACCGGCUGCCACGGCGUAUUUCACGUCGCCUCCCCGGUGUCCAACGACCCUGAGCUGGUGCCGGUGGCCGUGGAGGGCACCAGGAACGUGAUCAGCGCCGCGGCGGACGAGGGCGUUCGCCGGGUGGUCUUCACCUCCUCGUACGGCGCGGUGCACAUGGACCCCAACCGGAGCCCCGACGCCAUCCUCGACGAGACCUGCUGGAGCGACUACGACUUCUGCAAGCAGACGGAUAACCUGUACUGCUGCGCCAAGAUGAUGGCGGAGAUCACGGCGACGGAGGAGGCGGCGCGGCGCGGCCUGCAGCUGGCGGUGGUGGUGCCCUGCAUGACCAUGGGCCCGAUGCUGCAGCAGACGCUCAACUUCAGCAGCAACCACGUGGCGCGCUACCUCAUGGGCACCAAGAGGUCCUACCCCAACGCCGUCGCCGCCUACGUCGACGUCCGCGACGUCGCGCGCGCGCACGUCCUCGCCUUCGAGCGCCCCGAAGCCCGCGGCCGAUACCUCUGCAUUGGCACCGUGCUCCACCGCGCCCAGCUCAUCGCCAUGCUCAGGGAGCUCUUCCCGCAGUACCCCGUCACCGCCAAGUGUGAAGAUGACGGCAAGCCAAUGGCGAAGCCGUACAGGUUCUCCAACCAGAGGGUCAAGGACCUGGGCAUGGAGUUCACUCCGCUGAAGAAAAGUUUGUAUGAAGCGGUGGUGAGCAUGCAGAAGAAGGGGCACCUGCCUGUGAUCAGAGAGCAGCAGCGUGCGUACUUGUAAAAUCCUGGGACGUUGGGAUUUCCCAGAUGAAAUAAACAGGGAAAACGAAGCAAAAGUGAAGGGACAGAGAUGAUACAAGCAUAUAAGGAGAUUUGAAAUUUAACACAGUUAUUCAGGUGUAUUACUUUCUUGGUAACAAAAUUCUAUCAGUGUGUAUAAGCAUUCUUAAUUAUUUGAUAUCAUGUAAACCUUUAAGUCA